GCCACCCCGAGUGACGGCUGCCGGGUGGGUGCUGAGAGAUCCCCGGCCCCGAGUCAGCGACGCCGGGGGCUGCUGCCAUGCCCCAGGCUGCCCGGCUGGCACAGCAGGUGUUGCCGCGGGGGAAACAGGCCCCUCGCCUGGGUCCGUUGGCCCUGGGCCGGCCUCUGUGAAGCGGGCACCUCCACUGGGCCCCCUGGGCAGGCUCCAUGGCCUUUUCUGAACUCCUGGACCGAGUGGGCGGUCUGGGCAGGUUCCAGGUUCUCCAGACGGUAGCCCUGGUGGUCCCCAUCGUGUGGCUCACCACUCACAACAUAGUGGAGAACUUCUCGGCCGCCGUGCCCAGCCAUCGCUGCUGGGUGCCCCUCCUGGACAACAGGACUGCCCAGGCCAGUGCCCCCGGCGCCCUGGGCCCUGAGGCCCUCCUGACCGUCUCCAUCCCACCGGGCCCCAACCAGGGGCCCCACCAGUGUCGCCGCUUCCGCCACCCACAGUGGCAGUUCCUGGACCCCAACACCACAGCCACCAACUGGAGCAAGGCCGCCACGGAGCCAUGCGUGGACGGCUGGGUCUACGACCUCAGCAUCUUCACCUCCACCAUCGUGGCUGAGUGGGACCUGGUGUGCGACUCGCAGGCCCUGAAGCCCGUGUCCCAGUCCAUCUACUUGGCUGGGAUCCUCGUGGGAGCUGCCGUGUGUGGGCAAGUCUCCGACAGGCUUGGGCGCAGGCCGCUGCUGACCUGGAGCUACCUUCAGAUGGCCGUGUUGGGCACCGCUGCCGCCUUCGCUCCCACGUUCCCUGUGUACUGCCUGUUCCGCUUCCUGGUGGCCUUUGCCACGGCGAGCGUCAUGAUGAACACUGCCACCCUCGUAGGCGCCCCCGAGCCGGGGCCGUUGAUGGAGUGGACAUCGAUGCAGGCCUGAGCCUCGACAGUGACUUUGAAUGCCCUGGGCUUCAGCUUCGGCCAGGUCCUCGUGGCCCCCGUGGCCUGCGGUGUGCGUGAUAGGGUGCCGCUGCAGCUGGUGCUGUCUGCCCCCUUCUUCCUCUGCUUUGUGUACUCCUGGUGGAUGGCUAAGUGUGCACGAUGGCUGCUCACAGGCAGGCUGGAGCAGGGCCUGCGGGAGCUGCAGAGGGUUGUUGCCAUCAAGGGGAAGAGGGCAGCGGGGGACGCGCUGACGCCGAAGUGAGGCGAGGUCUUGCUCUCAGCCAUGCAGGAGGAGCUGAGCGCCAGCCAGGGUCCUGCCAGCCUGGGCACCCUGCUCUGCACGCCUGGACUGGGCCUCGGGAUCUGUGUCUCCACUCUGUGCUGGUUCAGCACAGGCUUCACCUUCUACGGCCUGGCCCUGGCCCUGCAGGCCCUGGGCGGCGAUGUCUUCCUGCUCCAGUUCUUCAUCGGGGUUGUGGACAUCCUGGCCAAGAUCGGCACCCUGCUGCUGCUGAGCCAUCUGGGCUACAGACCCGUGCAGGCGGCGUCACUGGUGCUGGCAAGGCUUUGCAUCCUGGCCAACAUGCUGGUGCCCCACGAGCUAUGGGACCUGCGCUCAGCCCUGGCCGCGCUGGGGCUCGGCGGGGUGGGGUCUGCCUACACCUGCACCAUCGUCUACACUGGCGAGCUCUUCCCCACCAUGCUCAGGAUGACCGCAGUGGGGCUGGGCCAGGUGGCGGGCCGAAUGGGAGGCAUCCCGGGGCCUCUGGUCCGGCUGCUGGCUGUACAGAGCCCCUCGCUGCCCCUGCUGUUGUACGGGCUGGUGUCGGUGCUCAGCGGCCUGGCUGCCCUGCUGCUGCCGGAGACUCAGAACCUGCCGCUGCCUGACACCAUCCAAGACGUGCAGAACCAGGCGGUGAAGAAGGCGACAUGCAACACCCGGAGGCACCCUGUCCUGAAAUCCACCCAUUUUUAAGCCUCCUGGGAAGCCUGCAAUGGAACCAUGGGAAGAAGCUUCCCUCCUCUCCAGAAGGUAGAAGGAGAGCAAAGGCCUCGAUUUCCAGAGGGCCCCAGGGCUGCCUCUCCAGCCCAGCCCAGCCUCUCUCACUGUCUGAGGAGCCACCUUCAACACACAAGGGGCAAAGGAUGCUUUGAUUGGCAGGAGGCUGCCUGGUGUGCAGUCACCCAACCCUCCCUCUGGCUACAAACAGGAGAGGGGACAGGUUUGGGGGAGGGACUGGCCUGUCGACCCCAUGCUCCCCUCCUUGCGGCUCCCUGCCCCGGAGCUCAGAGGCUGCCAUCACCCACGGUCAAAACUGCCCCAGCUUCUCGCUCUACUUCAAAGGCUCCGUACCAGCGAUGGAGUCUCGGCUCCUCAGCUUCACCCCAAAGGCGGCUCAGACCUCUCUCCACCCCUCUCUACACUCCAGCCACAUGGUCACUCCUGCCCAGCCAUGUCUUCUGCCAGGAAUCACCCUGCCACCUUCCCUUCCUGACAAACUCCCACUCAGCCUCCCAGACGCAGGGCAGUGGUCUCCUCCCAGGGGCCCAGGUCCCAGCCUGAGGCCCUAGUGAAAUGCUGACCCACCACUGGGCCACACACCCUUCCCCCACCCGCCAGCCCAUGAGUUCCCAGAGGGUUGGGGUGGUCCGCUUCCCCCAUGUCCCCAGCUCCCGGGCCAGAGGGGCAUCGGCACAAGGGAGAUGAGACAAUGAAUAAAGGAACUGCCCCUCACUGACUCUGGUGAUGAGCCCCGAGGGUCUGCUUGGGUUGAGGAGUCCCCACCGAGGUGGCCCUUUCCUAGGCCAGCUUUCCUGCCCCGAGUGCCAGGCGGCAAUGGUGGCCCUUUCCAGCCCCUGUUGGGGGUCAGGCCCUGUGCUGGACACGUCAAGGCAACAUCUCAGUUCAUCUGUCCCUAAAUCCUUCAAGGUAGAUGGGCCCCAUUUUACGGAUGGGGAAACUGAGGCUCAGAGAAACUGACCACUCGUGACACAGCUAGGAGGGGCAGAAUCAGGGCUGUAGGUCUCCAGAGCCCAGCUCUGGCCACAGAACCCCAACCUGCCCUCAGGCCUCACAAUCCAGGGCAGGGACCUCCCCUUCAGAACCAGCCGGGACCCCACAGGGUUCACUGGCACCCCUCAUGGGGAAACUGAGGGCAAGGGCUCAGGCAGAAAGGGGUGGACCAGAGUUCCCCCACCCCGGGUGACACAGACUUGGGGGCAGCAGGAGCUGUGUGCUGCCCAGUGGGGUCCCUACCUGCUCCUCUCUGCUGAGCCUCCCCGGAGCUCUGCUCAGGUGGUCUCUGGUCCACCUGUGCCUGUGUCACUUCUUCCAGGCACCUCCGUGGCGGGCUGUGCCCCUCCACAUACACACAUACGCUCAUCAGUGAUGUGUACACAUGUGCAUGCACACACACGAACAGGUCAAUGGGAACCAGAAAGUGGCUCCUUGCUUCUGGGAAAUGGGGUCACUCCCUGGCCGGGUCUUACCAGCUGCAGCCCCUGGGCAUCUGGGGGGGGUCACAUCUUUCAGCCAUCCGCCUGUGGCCGCCCCUCAGUGAAGAUCACCAGGACAAAGGGGUGGGGGCAGGGAUUAUGUUUGUAAAGAUGCCCGAAGGCGAGGUUGUCCCAGCUGGCCGUGGACUUCGUCUUGCCUGUCUGCUGCCCAGCUGCCUUCCUUUCCCUUGCUCAGCACUCUUGGGGCCCCAGGGUGUCCAGAAGCUUCCAGAAGACAGAACCUAGGACUGGUGGGAGACGGCUCCUCCUGUCCCCUGGGGUGUCCUCCAGCUCACCAAGUGGUCAGAGCUGUCCCUCGGCCCACAAUCAGAGUGGUCCUGCUCCUGGUCCCUCCAGGUGGUCAUGGUCUUCCACACCCCAGGGCCUACUUGCGUCCAAACUGUCACCCCUCACUUAACGGGACCUGGAAGCUGAGAGGUCCCAGGGCCCUGCCUCUCUGGGGCUGCUGGGGAGUGACUGUCAUCACCGUGGCCAAGUGGGCGCCCUGCACAGGGAGAAGGGGCCUCCCCAGCAGCAGCUGUGGGUGCUCCAGCUGGGUGUGCCACCCAAAUGGCAGGCUUCUGCUUGGGACAUGCUCUGUCCUCUGAGGCUCACCAGAGGGGGCUCCUGACCCCAGAAGCCGCUGGGGCACCCCGCACUGGAGGAGCCAAGGGAACUCGGUGUGGGAAAGAAGAGCCCGUCAACCACAUUGAGGUAGAGGCCUCAGGCAGUGAGGACAGGAAAGUGGCUCAGGACCACUUGACCAUUCUCCUGCCUCCAGCCAGGGCCGCAGCUCACCCAGGACAGGGUGUGUAGAGGGGCAGUGCGGGGUACCACGGGCUCCCUAUGUACCCUCAGGAGAGGGCUGAGCUCCCAUGAGAGCCCCAGCACUGGCUGAGCUCGUGCCCUCUCCCUUGGGGGUUUGCAUGGCCAGGGCACGUCUUCGAGGUCAAAGGCAUCAACCAGAUUUUCACUGCAAGUUUCUUCUCCAACCCCUGUCCUUGGUCCCCAACCCCAGGUGGAAUCUCCUGACACAUCCUUGCAUGUAUCAACUGUCAGGGAGCGGGGUGCUUGAAAUUUCAGCCACCCCCAGAGGCUGGUUGGACUCUCCUGGGGGGUCACCGCCAGGCCAGCCAGAUGCCAAGCAGCCCCAGCUCAGGUCCAGAUACUAAGUUCAACAUCAGAUGCACAGGACGAAGGAGCUGAGACCAAGGUGACCAUCUCUUAAAGAUGGGUAAACUGAGUCAAUGGCAGAGUCCGGGAAUCUUUCCUCUUAAACCAAGCCCUUGAGUGACGGGAGCUCUUCUCCUCCUUCUGCAGAGAGGAGAACACGCAGAGCCACAGCCACACGGCAAUGAGCAAGACUGGGGCCCAGCCUUCCAACCCCUGCACUGUCCCUCUUUCUGGCCCCCUACUCUGACAGACUGGCCAUCCUAGAAAUUUCUGGAGUAAGGAUGUUCCCUUCGUGACACCAAGGAACUCCUGCCUGCCUGUCUCUGUUUUCCUUGGCUAGUGGUGAUGGGGGCAGGGGAACCCAAAUAAGUCUCCACCCCUCAGACAGACAGCAGCAGCAGCAGACCGAAGGGCACGACCAUCGCCAGCACAAGGACAAUCCUGGCGAGACUAGCCCAGCUCAGGGCCUCCCCCAGGCUUCUACGGGGGUCAGAGCUGACCUCAGUGAUGCCGACCUCAGGCUCCAAGACUGAGCAGCAGGGGCCAAGCAGGGCCCUCGCCUCCCCCAGGUGGCUGGUUCAGGAGGGCAAGGAGAGGCCAAGCCAUGGAAAUCCAUAUAGGGGCUGCUGGGGGACCGGUCUCUCACCCAUGAUAGGACUCUGGGGGAGGACACUUAAGGGCCUCUGGGGGCACACCCCAUGGUGGGGAGGGUCCCAAGACAAAAGCAUUAUCCCAGGAUGGAGGAAAGGAGAGGGAGAUGAGGCCCACCUGGGCGGGGCUCCUGCAGGCAUCGAGCCCAAGGGCCCUGGGAGGUGUCCAGGCCUAAACAUGGACCAGGUUAGUGAACUGGGAAAUGCCGCAAGAAUGAGCCACCCUUAGAUGGCAGCUCAGGAAGCAGAAUCGGGCGGUGAAGGGUGAUGACAAGCCAAGGGCGCGAGAGAGCAGAGGCAGGAAGGGGAGGCAAGAUCUACCAAGCAGAAGACAGAGGAGACCUGAGUGACAGAAGCGUGGCUGAGUCGCGUCUCAUGCGUCCAGCAGCAUGGGGGAUCCACCACCACCACAUGGCCAGGCAGACCCGCCCACACUCUGCUCUCCCAGGACACGUGCACACUUGGUCCUCAAGUACAACCCCCACCUGGAGUCUGCUCCUUGCAGCUGAGAGCCUUGACCCAUACAGACCUGUCUCUCAGCGGGUCUGGGAUGUGGGCCUGUCUAGCAUCUUCAAGAAGGAGCAAACCCUGGGGAGGACGCGAACCAGCUCUACGUCCACCUGCAGUGUCAGGAGCCGCCCACAGUCAGCCAGAGUGGAUGGGGGGGAGGGGUCUAACCCCUAGAGAUGCAGAAGGAGCAGAGACUCUGAAAUCAGGCAGAACUGGGGCCAAAUGUGGACUCAGCCACCGAUUGCCUUGAGACCUUGGACUUGCCACUGAAGCUCCUGUCAUCCGGGCAUAACCCUGCUUCCCCUGAGGGCUGCGGCAAGGCCAGCACCCUGCACACGCAGCCCCAGGAGGUGCAGGCCCUCCUUAGCCACUAGGGCGCAACACGACGCUCCUGCCUCCGGUCAUACUCCGCGCCCUGAAAAGCCAAGGUCAUUGCCCACAAACCUGGGGGCUGUUUCCUGCCCCCAUCCUCAGCCCAGCGGGGACACUGGCGUUAGACAAAGCCAAGCCGCCCAACGAGCCCAAAGCCAUGCUCAACCCAAAGCUUUGGGGGCUACUUACCAGCUCUCCUGGGACCCAGUUUGGGCCCAGACCUCAGUUCAGCGCCAGGGCCAAUGUCCUAACAAGCACCCGCCCGGAACAAACGGCACAGGACCAUCGGAUUUGGAAAGUUUUUGUUUUCUUUUCCCACACAUUUCCGGGGUUGGGGUGUUUUCCAAGACUCAGACACAUUUGUUAACAAAGAGAGAGAAAAAAAAAAAAA